AUGACCCUUAAUCCUAGAUGGAUCUAUAUCAAAUCGUCUCUCAAUGACAGUAUAGGAAUAGGUCAAGAUAUUCAAUCGAGUUUAAUUAUCCAAACCUACCCGGGGGAGUCCACCCAGAACCACAUCCACCCUUCUGUCAGUGGAGACCACAAUUACGGACGACAAACUGCUUCUCAGUCGACAAUGAAGCCUACAAGAUCUCAACAUAGGUUGGAUUUGGACAAAAUCCUCGCAAGAGUCGAGGGUCGUCCCUCUCUUAACGCCACAUCUCCCACUCGUUCAAACACCUUCCAACCUCCUCAGGAUAGUUUGAUCGGGAAAGACGAAAAGCAUGACGGAGCUACAUGUACAAUUGGAUCGUCCCCGAUUUCAAAUAGAGAAAUGUCUGAGGAUUUCUCGACAGAAGCGAUAUUAGAAGUUUAUCAUUCCAUGGAUGAUAUCAGUCUUGAUCCCCCUGUGGAACAACAGGGAAUGGAUCGUCCGUCACUUGCAACAUAG